UGGGGCGGGGGGCGGGUCCAGGCCGAAGCGCGCCCUCGGGAGUCGCCAGCACCCGGGAGGCUGGGCGCGCUAGCGGGGCAGUGAGGUGGGGACGCUGGGGCGCCAGCAGGACACGCAGAAGUGUGGCUGAAAGUCACCCCCAGGGGAACCGGGCUUCGUCACACGCUUUCCUCUGGUCUGGCCAACUCUACGUGAGUGUGUUGGCGGCUGCACUCUGGCCUUCCUUGUACAAGCCCGGUCUGCUUCCUGUAAAUGACGGCAACACGGUGCGGGGGGGCAGGGGGAGGUCUCUUCACUCGUGGGGAGCUCGAAGGAGGUGAUUCUGCUGGGAGCCUGGUGCUGGCUCUGUGCACUUUUUCACACCACCGGCUCCCUUCGUAAACGGUUAUGGGCUAUCCCUCCGUGGGUUUCAGCCACUUGGGGAGACGUCUUUCUUUGCAACAUUUUCUUUUUUCUCUUUUCAAGAAUUAAAUCUCCAUACCCAGUGUGAGGCUUGAACUCACACCCCACUGAGCCAGCCAGGCACCCUCCUUCCAGCAUUUCCUGAAGAGGUCAGGGGUGCCCUCCUGCUCGCUGAUCUCUUGCUGUGGCUCCCGCCUCCUGGGCUCCUAGGUGUCGCCUUUCUGAGCACGGAUGCGAAGCUGGGAGCCUGUCCCAAGUGGGCGGUGCGGGGCACGGCGGUGUGGCUGGGGUCUGGCGUGGCUUCUCUCCUUCACCUCUUCCCUGACAGGUGGGGGCUCUGAGGCGGCCCGUCCUCCUCCCAUCGGGCACGAGCCCAGGGCCCCGUGGCCCGGGGAGGAGUGGAGUCUCUCCCGAGGGCCGUGUGCCUGCUUGCCUGGCUGGGGUCUGUCUGCCCUGCUGUGGUGCUGCUCUCCAGCUAGGAAGGCGCUGGGGUCUUAGCGGUGACCGGGCCUUACUAAUCAGAACCUACCACAUGUCUCUGUGUACGAGGUGAGGUCCACAGCAGUGACCCGAGUGUGUGUUUCAGGGCCUUUGAGGAAUUUCAUCGUGGUGUAGCCCCCUGAACUUUUCAUCAUUAACAUGUCAGUGAAACCAUAAAAGCAGAGGCUUCUCUUGGUCCAUCUCCCCAGGAUGCCGAUCCUGGGCCGGAGCAGCAGGGAGGCCUGGGACGUGGUCUGGUGUGGGGCCCACAGAUCCAGACGGCGAGACACCUGUGCCCAUGUGCCGCCGGGGCUCUGUCUGCAUCAAAGGAGGCCCGGCCCUGGCCGUGCUCCUGGUCUCCUGGGCAGCGCUGGGCCCCUGCGGCCUGGAGGGAGCGGAGCCCGGGGCUCUGGGGAAGGCUGAGAGCCCGCAAUGCCCAGCCGUCUGCACCUGCGGCCACGAGGACUAUUCAGACGAGCUCAGCGUCUUCUGCAGCUCCAGGAACCUCACGCGGCUGCCCGACGGCAUCCCGGACGGCGCCAGGGCCCUGUGGCUGGACGGCAACAACUUCUCCUCCAUCCCCGCGGCGGCCUUCCAGAACCUCUCCGGUCUGGGCUUCCUCAACCUACAGGGCAGCGGGCUGGCCAGUCUGGAGCCGCGGGCACUGCUCGGCCUGCACAACCUCCACCACCUGCACCUGGAGCGGAACCAGCUGCGGGGGCUGGCGGCCCACACGUUCCUGCACACCCCGGGCCUCGCCUCGCUCGGCCUCAGCAACAACCUGCUGGGCAGGGUGGACGAGGGCCUCUUCCGGGGGCUGUCCGGCCUCUGGGACCUCAACCUCGGCUGGAACAGCCUGGCCGUGCUCCCGGACGCCGCCUUCCAGGGCCUGGCCGGCCUCCGCGAGCUGGUGCUGGCGGGCAACAAGCUGGCCUACCUGCAGCCCGCGCUCUUCUGUGGCCUCGGCGAGCUGCGGGAGUUGGACCUGAGUAGGAACGCCCUGCGCAGCGUCAAGGCCAACGUCUUCGUCAAACUGCCCAAGCUCCAGAAGCUCUACCUGGACCACAACCUCAUCGCCGCCGUGGCCCCCGGCGCCUUCCUGGGCCUGAGGGCGCUGCGCUGGCUGGACCUGUCGCACAACCGGCUGGGCGGCCUCCUGGAGGACACCUUCCCCGGCCUGCUGGGCCUGCACGUCCUGCGCCUCUCGCGCAACGCCAUCGCGGGCUUGCGGCCCCGCACCUUCAAGGACCUGCACUUCCUGGAGGAGCUGCGGCUGGACCACAACCGCAUCCGGCAGCUGCCCGGCCAGGCCUUCGAGGGCCUGGGCCAGCUGGAGGUGCUCACGCUCAACGACAACCAGAUCCAGGAGAUCGAGGCGGGCGCCUUCCUCGGCCUCCUGAGUGUGGCGGUCAUGAACCUGUCCGGGAACUGCCUGCGGGUGCUCCCGGAGCGGGCGUUCCAGGGCCUGGGCCGGCUGCACAGCCUGCACCUGGAGCGCAGCUGCCUGGGCCGCAUCCGCCCGCACGCCUUCGCCGGCCUCUCGGGGCUGCGCCGGCUCUUCCUCCGGGACAACGGCAUCGUGGCCGUGGAGGACCAGGGCCUGCAGGGGCUCGCGGAGCUCCUGGAGCUGGACCUCACCGCCAACCGGCUCGCACACCUGCCCGGCCAGCUCUUCCAGGGGCUCGGCAAGCUGGAGUACCUGCUCCUCGCCGGCAACCGGCUGGCGGCGCUGUCCGCGGACGCCCUGAGGCCCCUGCGGCGCGUCUUCUGGCUGGAUGUGUCGCACAACCGCCUGGAGGCCCUGCCCGAGGACGUGCUGGCCCCACUGGGGCAGCUGCGCUACCUGAACCUCAGGAACAACUCCCUGCGGACCUUCGUGCCGCGGGCCCCCGGCCUGGAGCGCCUGUGGCUUGAGGGCAACCCCUGGGACUGCGGCUGCCCCCUCCGGGCCCUCAGGGCCCUGGCCCUGCAGCAGCCCGACGUGGUCCCCCGCUUCGUGCGGGCAGCGCCGGACGGCGACGACGGCCAGCCGCCCGCGUACGCCUACAACAACAUCACCUGCACCGGCCCCGCAGCCAUCGCCGGCCUCGACCUGCGGGAUGUGGCCGAGGCCCACUUUGCUCACUGCUGACCGCGGGCUCGCCGGCCCAGAGCCCGGCGGGGACACGAUGUCCGCCUCGGGGGCCAGGCGUCACCUGCUCGCUUGCCGGGGUCCCGUCCCUGGGAGGACCCGGGGCAGCCGGGGGGUUCUGCUGGCGGGGGCACCGCCAUCACAUAGCACCCCCGCCCCCGCAGUCGGUAAUUAAAAGCAAUCUAACACAUG